GCUCGCGCUCCCAGUCGGCCGGCGCUCGCGCUUCACACAAAUUGUUUGUGGAAAUAUUGUUUCAAUAACACAUCGCAAGCAUCAGGCAUGUCGCACGCGGUGGUGCGCGGCGCGCCGACGGCGGCGCAGCGGUACGCGGACGGCGCGCUGGACGCGUGGCUGCGCGCGCGCGGCCGGGAGCCCUCCCGCGAGGCGCGCGCGCGCGUGUCCGCGGCGCAGCUGCUGCUGCACUGCAUGCGCCAGGCGCCCGAUUUCGUCUGCAUGAUCAACGGCGCCACCGGCGAGCAGACCACGAACCGCGAGAUGCUGGAGCUGGCCAUCCCUUUCGCGCGCAAGCUGCGAGCCCAGGGCCUGAAGGGGAAGACCGUGAUGCUGGUGGCGCGCGACCACGAGCGCACCGUGGCGGUGUUCCUGGGCCUGCUGCUGGCGGGCGUGCUCGCGUACCUCACUGAUCCUGGUGCCACUAAAUAUGAGUUGCAGCACUACUUGCGGCUCGUGGAGCCCGCGCUGGUGUUCUGCGACGAGGCGACGCAGGCGGCGGUGCGCGUCGCGACGGCCGACGCGCCCGCGCCCGCGCACGUGCUGCCCAUACACGACGACGCGCUGCUCGACUACAUCCAGGGACACACCGACGACCUUGACUCUUUCGAAGCGGAGGACAGCGAGGAGGGCGCGGCGAGCCUGCUGCUGCCCACGAGCGGCUCCACGGGGCUGCCCAAGGCGGCGCAGUACAACCAGCGCGCGCUGGUGGCGCAGCUGCCCACCGUCUGGAUGCACUACGAGAAGUUCCCCACGCCAACGGAGCGCGUGAUGUUGCUCACGACCCCGCAGUGGUGUACCUUCACCAUCACCGUUAUCACGUGCUGUGUGUACAACGUCACACUGGUCAUGUCUCCAAAAGAGGCUACCGUGGAAAAUGUACUCGACAUGAUGCAAAGAUGCAGGCCAACUUGGACGUUCUUCGGGCCGCCGUUCGCCAAGAAGCUGGCCAAGGCGGCGACGCCGGACCACUUCUCGUCACUGGAGACCGUGAUGACGCUAGGCUCGCAGUUGUCGCCCGACAUCAUGGCCCUUCUAAAGGAAAAAAUGGCUCCGGGCAGCAAUAUGUGCGACGGCUACGGCAUAACGGAGGUGCACGGCUUCGUCACCGUGGCCGAGCGGGACGCCGCGCCGGGCUGCAACGGCCCUUGCGCCAACAUCUUCCACUACCGGCUCCUCAAAAGCGACGAUGAAGAUGCUGCCACUGAUGAAGAAGGAGAACUUACCGUUAAGGGCCCUAGUCUUAUUAAGGGCUACUAUAAGAACGAAUCAGAGCUGGCGGAGAGCAUGACGGCGGAUGGCUGGUUCCGUACGGGUGACGCCUUCCGCCAGGACCGCGCGCGCCGUCUCUACUACUGCCGCCGCAUCAAGUUCUGCUUCAAGUACGAGAACUUGCUGGUGUCGCCCGAGGAGCUGGAGCGCGUGGUGGGGCAGCUGCCGGGCGUGGCGGAGUGCGUGGUGAGCGACAGCGCGCGCGGGCCCGCGGCCGCCGUGGUGCUGCGCGCCGGCGCCAGCGAGCCCGACGCGCGCCGCGCCAUCCACCGCGUCGUCGAGACGACGCUGAGCGACCACAAGCGGCUGCGCGGGGGCGUCGCGUUCGUGGCCGCCAUCCCGCGCACGCACACCGGCAAGGCGCACCGCCAACAAGCCAAGGACCUCAUCCAGCGCCUCAUAGAACCCGCGUGGUCGAUGCACUACGAGAAGUUCCCCACGCCAACGGAGCGCGUGAUGUUGCUCACGACCCCGCAGUGGGGUACCUUCACCAUCACUGUUACCUCGUGCUGU